AUGAUUUGCGACCAGAUCACACAGUCGGAGUACUUGACAGCAGAAGGAGCCUUGCGUUUGGGCCUCAUUGCUUAUCGUGAUCACCCGCCACAGGACCAUGUGUAUAUCGUCAAAAACUUUGGCUUUACCACUUCUGUGUUACAAAUGAAAGAAAACUUGAAUAGCCUCUUCGCCGCAGGCGGUGGUGAUGGACCUGAGGCCACGACUGCCGCGCUCAAAGCUGCCACAGAUUUGGAUUGGCGGCCAAGCGCUUCUAAAAUGGCUAUUCUCAUUACAGAUGCACCACCUCAUGGGAUUGGAGAGUAUGGUGAUGGCUUCCCUAACGGCUCGCCAGAUGGCCAAGAUCCCAUCGUACUUGCGCGCAAAAUGUCAGCGAUGGGCAUCCCCCUCUUUGUCGUCGCCUGUGAGCCUGCACUUUCUGGAUACCAACAUGCUGUGGACUUUUACCAUGGCCUAGUCAGCAUAACGGGCGGCAUGACAGUACCGUUAACAACCGCGUCUCUUUUAAGUCAUGUGGUCAUUGCCGCCGCAGGCGAAGUCAUGGACUUGGAUCGCCUGCACCGCGAAUUGGGUGACUCGGUCUUGGAGCGUAUGAAGGGCCUAAGCUUGCAUUUGGACGAGCAGGAAACCAACGAUCCUUCUUCGGCGAUGAUGCGACUAGUAGAUCAGGUCUCAUCUGAGCUUCAUGAGAAGUUGUUAUUGCGGAAUGAAAAUACUAAGCAGCUCAUCAUUGAAAGCAUCUACCGUGAAAGCGAGGAAUCUGCUCACAAUAUUCGUGUGUGGUCGCAAGCACCCGAUGUGUUCUCUGCCCGCCCCCAUAUUCGUAAAGUGAUCGGAUCGCGCCUAAGUCAAAAGUUUUUGGACAUGCGUCGAGCCAGUCACGCUGGCAAAGCAUGGCACCCGGUGCCACGAAUUAUGCCUGCUGCGUCAAGCAUCCACACCACGCCAACCCCCUCGCGAAACAUGCUGCAAGAUUUUCAGGCCUUCGAGGCGAAUCCGGAGCUGCGCAUGCAGACGUCAGGCACGCCACAUCAGGCACGUUUGAAUGACCAAUCCUAUCGCACAUCAUCCAUGGAUAUGGACGACGAUGACGAUGGCGAUGGAUAUGGGGAUGAUGCUUUCAUGACGGAUGACGAUGUGCUAGCCUCUGAAGCGGCUGCUGACAAUGAAAUCCGCUUUGAAGGCGACGAUGGUCAAACUCUCGCCCUCCGGCACGAUGCCAUCUCCUGGUCUCAAGCACGUCGACUCGCCAUGCAGAGUUUAUCUCGUGCGCCAUAG